GCAACAGCGGCGCUUGUCACUUCUUCUUCGAAACAUUCGAAGAUGUAGUGCAGCGCUCAGCGUUUGCUCGGACGUCGUUCUUGCUGUCGUCGUCGCCCUAAACAGAGUGCGGAGGCCUCAAAGUUUCGGAAUUUCACGCUGCGCUAAGCCCACAAUGUGGUGAUCAAGAACCGCUCACCAUGACCAACAUCGAGAAUCAGUGCCUUGUUUACUUCACCAAUGCCAUCCAAGGGGAAAAACAGACGGAACUGUCUCCUGUCAGUAUUGCCAAUCUGGGAAGCUAUUUGUCAAGUGCCCAGGUGAAUAUACGGAGGCACAUCAAGAGUGUCUACGGUGGUGACUUGGUUGAAUUCUUCAAGUGUUUUCCAGAAAUGUUUCAACUUGGAGGAACUACACAUGUCUACCUGACCUCGGACAUCAUGAAGAAGUAUGGAGUUGACGAGCUUGAAAAGAUGGCCGUUGAUUUCCUCAAAAACAAGCUGAAGGACAUGAAUGCUUACCAUUUCUCUCCUGUGCCCUUGAGGGCUCUUCGGAAAUGCCUUGGGGAAGCACCACUUGGUGUUCAAGCAUUGAUGGCCAGAAACUAUCCGGCAAAGGACAUGAAGCGCCUGUUGCAGGCCUACUCCGACAUAUUUGGUGUUUCACACUCUGGCAACGUGUACCUUUUAGGGGAGGCACGGAGAGCUUUGGAUGAUGGCGAUUUCCGAAAUCGCUGGUUAUCUGAUACCAGCUGCCUGGAUGUCGAGAUAUCGCGGGACGAAGCUGAUGCUGUGCGCUUCUUUCGCCAUGUUCUCAACAGUCCUGGAAUUGAGCUUGCGAGUUGCAGUGUGGACUCUCUGUUUGCACAAGUUUGUGAGGCUCCUGAUAAUGUUCAGCAUUUUAUUAAAAGUAAUUACACAGAGGUUAACUUUCUGGACUUCUUCAGGGCGCACAAGGCGGAGUUUUCAGUAGCCACUGGCAGCACUCCGCCGGAGAGGCUUGAUAGAAACGAUGAUGAAGGGUCCGAAGAAGAGGAGUUUCCUCCAUUGCAAACUCAAGAAAGUGCUUACCCGGAGAAGUCUUCAGGCAAUGCCUGGGAGACUUCGCGUGACAACGGCAGUCCCACCGAUCCAGAGGCAGCUGCGAUCAAGUACUUCGAGGACGUCAUAAGAACGCAAGACAAUGAGUUGAUGCAUGUUUACAAGCUGCGGGAGCUCCUAGCUGAGGCACCUCUGAUCGUAUUUUCAUACUUCAGUGAUGAGUACCCUUACGGUAAAUUUGAUACAUUUUUCUUGGAUCACCCUGACCACUUUACCCUUGAGAGCAAGGGGGUAGUUAUGCUUGCUUCAACAGCCAAGGGACGAGCAUCCAAUGCAGAGAGUAUGAACUGGUCCAGCCUAGUUCCAGCCAGUAGCACCUCAGAAGGAAGGGUCUCUGGCUGUGAGGACAAUGCAGGCACGUUGCAUGCAAAGAAUGUGCAAAUCGAAAAGCUGCUUGAGAAAUAUUUUGCUGAUCUCUUCCACUUGGCUUACAGCUAUGGUGUGCGUGUAGUAAAACCAGAAACUGCUCUGGAGAUUUCGUCAUGUCUCAAUCGCAGACUUACUGGCUACCUGGCUGACAACUAUGGCAAAAACGUGGUGGAAUUCUUUCAGCAUCACCAGAGCCGUUUCAGGGUGAGCAAAAACGGCAACAUAUGUCUUGCUGUUGAAAAGGACUUGAGCACGGACACAACAACAGCGAAAAAGCAACCAAGUGUAUUGGCUGUUGAGUUUUAUGUUGCUUUGAUACAGCUUUUGGAGGCCCAUCAAGUCAAGGCCAUCUCUCCAGAAGUUCUUUGGAGCUUUCUUCCCCUGACUCCACCGAAAGUGCAAGGCUGCUUAUGCAAAGUCUACACAAAAGAUAACUUCAAGUCAUUUUUUCUCAAGGCUCCAACCAUGUUUGCAAUGUCCAAGAACAAGAAUAUCUACCUUGCUUCUGGCAGUGUGUGUUCAAAAUGGGAUUCCAGUGAUGUGGAUGAAUACGACUUUGAGGGUGCCUCUGAAAAUACACAUGAAGCUUCUGCACUAGAGCAUUUUGUUGAUCUUAUCAAAUCUCUCCGUGUGAACACCUAUCCUGUGCCCAUAGGUAUGCUGCAAGAGCACCUUCACAAGGCCUCAUCAUUUGUGAAGGAAUAUUUCGAAGAUGUAUACCCACAAGAGAAGUUCAUCAACUUUUUCUUAAAGUAUGAUGGCUUUUUUUAUGUGCUACGGCCAAUUAAUGUCGUAUGGCUUACAAAAAUUGAUGGAGGAAAUGCUUCUGAUCUUGACAAUGAAGUGUGCCCUCUUGACACCAUGCCCAUCUCAUUCAGGUUGGUGGUUGGUGUCGUUGCAGCUGCAUUACUGGUGAAAAGUCCCAAGCCAUUCUCAACAAUCCUUGGGCAUCUGAACAUAGUCAAAGACCAGUACAGCCAAGAACUUAACAAACAGCCAGGAAAGAGCAAAACUGAAAAGCUUUGCUCGUUAGUUAGCAAUUGCUUUGACAUGUUUAAGAUUGUUAAGGACAAUACCAUUUUGUCGUGGCCUCUCAAAUAUGCCAGCUCUCUGCUUUCUGCUCUGGAAGAUGCAUUGGCUGAAGUUUGUGUGAAGCUAGCGGGUGAAGAUAUUGUGGAAGUGUGCAACUUUCAUGGCACAUUACGGCGUAACACUGAAAGGCUGUUCCAGUGUCUCGUUCCUGAUAUCAAAGCAUUGCUGGAGUUCUUUCACCACAGGGAGGAAUUCUUUGUUCUAGAUAAGACACACUUUAUUGUUGUUCCCAAGUUGUUGGAGCCUGAGUAUACUGAAGAAAUUUCACAGAUGUUGGUGAAAGAGUUGCUGAAGUGUGCAGACAAAAAGGCACCACUUUUGUCUGUCCUUGAAAACUUAAAAGAUGAAGGAUUCGAUCAUCAUUUCAGUAGCAGCACUGUUCUCAAGGCCAUUCUUAUGCGCAAGGACAGGUUUAAAAUUUGUGAUAAUAUUUUGCUGCUCAUUGAAGAGCAGAAGAAAAGCUUUGGGAAGUGCAGUUCUGGUGACCAUGGUGACAUGGGUUCUGGAGACACUGGGAAAGCUAUGAAGCCAAAGAAGACAAACUGUACACCAGUCACUGGCAUGGGCUGGAUAAUUAGCUUAGAUGAAGUAAGUGGACUGCUCGCCGCUACCUUUGGUAGCUCUGAUGAUUAUGCUGAAGUUUCAUUCAAGAGAGAUGCUCUCAGUGCCACAUCGACCAAUUACAAUGAACUGAUAGUUGGUCAGGAAGUGGAAUUCAUUGCCGUCAAAGACGAUGGUGAAUCUGAGUGGGUAAUCGUAGAAUUGAAAAGUGCUGGCAGUACACCUAGUGGUGAAGAGGAGAAGGGACGCAGUAAGGAGGGUGAACGAGCUCACCCUAGCAGUGGUGGGAAGCUUCACAUGGACUUGUCUGACUGCUGCGAUGCCUCAGACUCCGAACUGGUGAAGGUGGCAGCUCCACCAUCUAGUGACCGCAAUACAGAAAAGGCGAAAUCUCCCAAAUUCAAAGAUGUGACUUCUAAAGAAAUAGUUCAAAAUGAAGAUGCAUUAAUCCAGGAAAGUGCUUUGCAGGACAGUGCUGACGUUACCAUUGUUGACAAUGGUUAUGAUGCGUUCGAAUGGGACACUCCAUAUGAUCGGAGAACAAUGGACUUGACCCUUAUCCCAAAGACAGAAGCAUCUGAGCUGUGUGAAAAAACUAUGAAGUGUGCCAAAUCUGAGGAGAAGAAUCCACAAAAUCUGCGUGGGCUGGAACUGGAAUUUGGGAUAUUGAACCACUUCCAGCAGCUUCAAAAGAGCCUGCAGCAAGUGCCUAGGCCCCCACCAGCCAAUGAAAACACAAAACUGAAAGAGAAAAAAGCGGAAGAUUUCAACACCCAUAAGGUUCCAGAAAAGAAUGUGACGAGUGCAACAUCUACAUUGCCGCCUGCCUCGGUGAAAUCCACAUUCCCUUUCACUGGCCCGUUCACAGAUUCCAGUAUGCAUGAAGACCCUAAGAGUGGUAGCAGGUUCUAUCGCGAGGCAUGCACAGUGAAAACAGCCUAUAGUGAUGAAAGCAGCAGUAGCAGCAGCCAAGUAGCUUCAAGCGACAUAGAUCCAGAGCUGUCUGCUGAUGACAGCUCUGGAUCUGAGCUGUCUGAGUCUGAGCUGGAGACAGACUACGAAACCUCCCCGAGUAGCUCGCCAAGAACGCAGUCUGUGAAGUCUGAAGGUUACCACCUUGCAGCAGGUGAUAAUGUGCUUGUGUCACAUGGUGGCACUGAUGGAUCUCGCUUGGAGUGGUGCUUUGAUGAAGCCCUGCCUUUUCCCAAUGCCACGUGCAACAAGCCCGAUGUGGUGUACUCGAUACCUGCGACUGUCGCUCUCGUCACGCCUGCUGUUGCAAUACUUGAAUCCUAUGUCCGAGGCAUUCCCGUCAGCCUUAUUGCAGACCCCGCUGCUAUCACUUGUCAUGAAUGGUCAGAGCUUCAUGUUGGGAAAAAGGUUGCAGCUCGUGCUGUGGGCAACAUUGAAGAUUCUACCCUCCUUCUGGUCAUCAAGCUGCAGCCACUGUGGCGUAAAGCGUUGCCACGGGCAGUGUUGCCGGAUGCUGCCACACAGACAAUUUCUACGGGACCCGUACUGGCAGCUUCGCUCUUGGUGGAAUGAGUGGUGUGCACUGUGUGCACACAUGUAUUCACUGUGGAAGAUGUAAUUAGUGCUCUUCAUCAGGAUGUGCCUCUUCGAGCCUGCUUUGGUGCCAUUGAGGGUAUUUUGGGGUGUGUGUUUGUUUCUCAUUUUUCAUAUUUUUAUUCUUUCUGGAGCACUAAACGAUAUGCAGAAAGGGUUUAAUAGAAAUCUGUCUAUUGUGGUUCUGUAUUUUUUGUUUAAGUCAUUGUCAUUUUUUUAAUAAAUGUGGCUGUGUGUCUGGCUGCGAUCCAAAACGA